UGGCAGUUCGGUUCCACAUCCGGGCCACAGUGCUCCAUUAUUAUAGUCUAAAACUAGCGGAGAGGUUCAGCGACCUUUUUUUUAAUAUAUAUAUUAUUUAUAUUUUACUUUAAUAUAUAUUUUCAGCAGUAGAGGUUGGAACCAAGAGGAAAUGUCUAACCAAGGAGUUCGGCGGAAUGGCCCCGUGAAGCUGCGACUAACAGUCCUGUGUGCCAAAAACCUUGCGAAGAAGGACUUCUUCCGCCUCCCAGAUCCCUUUGCCAAAGUAGUUGUGGAUGGUUCUGGACAAUGCCACUCUACAGACACUGUGAGGAACACACUUGAUCCCAAGUGGAACCAGCACUAUGAUCUAUACAUCGGGAAAUCAGACUCCAUCACCAUCAGUGUAUGGAAUCACAAGAAGAUUCACAAGAAACAAGGGGCUGGGUUCUUAGGCUGUGUCCGCCUUCUGUCCAACGCUAUCAACCGCCUUAAAGACACAGGCUAUCAGAGACUAGACUUGAACAAGCUUAGCCCCAACGACAGCGACACAGUGAGGGGCCAGAUAGUGCUGAGUCUGCAGUCGAGGGACCGCAUAGGAACCGGAGGUCCUGUUGUAGACUGCAGUCGGCUGUUUGACAACGAUCUUCCGGAUGGCUGGGAGGAGAGGAGGACGGCGUCCGGGCGAAUCCAGUACUUGAACCACAUCACGCGCACCACACAGUGGGAGAGGCCUACCAGGCCUGCCUCAGAGUACUCCAGUCCUGGCCGGCCGCUCAGCUGCAUCGUAGACGAGAACACGCCAGUGAGCACAAACGGCGCCACGCCCACCACAGUGUUACCGCCAAGUAAUGGCGACCAGCGGGUUCAAGAGAGACGGGUCAGAUCUCAGAGGCACCGCAACUACAUGAGCAGAACCCACCUGCACACGCAUCCAGACCUUCCUGAGGGAUAUGAGCAAAGGACGACACAGCAAGGCCAAGUUUACUUUCUUCACACUCAGACCGGGGUCAGCACGUGGCACGACCCCAGGGUACCCAGAGACCUGAGUAACGUAAACUGUGAGGAACUAGGUCCUUUGCCACCAGGAUGGGAGAUAAGGAACACCGCCACAGGGAGGGUUUACUUCGUCGACCACAACAACCGAACCACACAGUUCACAGACCCACGCCUUUCCGCUAACCUACACCUUGUCUUAAAUCCAAGUUCCAAUGGCUCUCGAGGAAACAAUGAAAGUCAAAAUGUCAGUCGUCAGAACCAGAUGAAGGAUCAGGCCCAGCAGGCUCUGGUGUCCCCCAGUCAGCUCCCAGAGGAGGCGGAGUGUCUAACAGUCCCCAAAUACAAGAGGGAUCUUGUCCAGAAGCUGAAGAUCCUCCGGCAGGAGCUGUCCCAGCAGCAGCCUCAGGCGGGCCACUGUCGCAUCGAGGUGUCCCGUGAGGAGAUCUUUGAGGAAUCGUAUCGACAAGUGAUGAAGAUGAGGCCGAAGGACCUGUGGAAAAGGCUUAUGGUAAAGUUUAGAGGUGAAGAAGGCCUGGACUACGGAGGAGUGGCCAGGGAAUGGCUCUACCUGCUGUCGCAUGAGAUGCUGAACCCGUACUACGGCCUGUUCCAGUACUCACGAGACGACAUCUACACACUGCAAAUCAAUCCAGACUCUGCUGUCAAUCCCGAGCACUUGUCUUACUUUCACUUCGUGGGCCGCAUCAUGGGAAUGGCGGUGUUCCACGGCCACUACAUAGACGGAGGUUUCACUUUACCCUUCUACAAACAGCUGCUCGGUAAACCCAUCACCCUGGAUGACAUGGAGUCUGUUGACCCCGACCUGCACAACAGCCUUGUUUGGAUCCUGGACAAUGACAUCACAGGUGUGCUGGACCACACCUUCUGCGUGGAACACAAUGCUUACGGAGAGAUCAUUCAGCACGAGCUCAAGCCCAACGGUAAAAGCAUCCCCGUCACACAGGAAACCAAGAAAGAGUAUGUCCGCCUCUACGUCAACUGGCGUUUUCUGCGAGGCAUCGAGGCCCAGUUUCUGGCUCUGCAGAAGGGCUUCAAUGAGGUCAUCCCCCAGCACCUGCUCAAGGCCUUUGACGAGAAAGAGCUGGAGCUGAUCGUGUGCGGCCUGGGGAAGAUCGACAUCCACGACUGGAAAGGCAACACGCGCCUGAAACACUGCACGCCCGACAGCAACAUCGUCAAAUGGUUCUGGAAAGCUGUGGAGUUUUUCGAUGAAGAGCGCAGAGCGCGGCUGCUGCAGUUCGUCACAGGUUCUUCCAGAGUUCCCCUGCAAGGGUUCAAGGCUCUUCAAGGUGCUGCUGGCCCACGACUCUUCACGAUCCACCAGAUCGACGCCAGCACCAACAACCUGCCCAAAGCCCACACCUGUUUCAACCGGAUUGACAUUCCACCUUAUGAGACCUACGACAAACUGUACGACAAGCUGCUCACUGCCAUCGAGGAGACGUGUGGCUUCGCCGUGGAGUGAAUCUGUGGCGUCUGCGAAGGCGGCUCGCCGUCCGCAGGAGUCCAUGCAGACGACGGGGCCUGGGGGGGGGUUCAUGGACAAUCGCUGCAACAAGUGAAGUUCAAACAAGAGCGGACCUGAAGUCAUGUGACUGUGGUUCAUGGUAAAACCUUCACGUCUUCCUUGGGGACGUUUUUUUACUCAUUGAAAGGAUCUCUUCAGCUGCUAAUAACUCAGACUAUUUACUAACUUGUGGAACCUGCAAAGCUUUUCUGGCUCUUCCUUUUUUUUUAACUCAUUUUAGCAUUUUUAAAAAAGACCUUUUUCCAUGUAGCAGAGCUUCAUCACGAGGUCGAUCCGUGCUGAAACAAUAACCGCAGUUAUAAGAGCGCUCCUUGUGAGAGGACACGGUUAUUAUCGGUCCCUGCAGCUCGGUGGAAACCCUAAAUGUGGACGCAGAGUGAGCACGACUCAGGCUGUUGUGGACAGACUGGGAUGUCAGGCUGCAGCCGACUGUUUACAAUCUUCUCCAAAGACGGCAGCAGGGACCUCUGCUUCCAGACGUCGCCCACCUUCACACUCUAGCUGUGUUUGAAAAGGAAUAAAUAAAGGAAUAUCUUAAGAAUGUGAUAUUUUUGUAUAACAGGAAAAAAAACAAUAAAAUUCUAUAUAAUAUAUUUAAUAUAUUGCAGUGCUAUUUCUGAAAGCCCUUUCCAGUGUUGAAGGGAAAGUCGAAUCUUUUUCAUGAUGAGUUUUACAGUUUCUAGAAAUGCUUUGAAAGAAAAGUUAAGCUUAAUUGAGUUUCACUAAAAAAAGUUGUGGUUCCUUUUUGACUGAAUCUCAUCUUCUUUUGGGGAGAAAUUUGUCUUAAGGGCAAAAAAUCUUCAUGUCCUCUCAGUGCCAUAGCAACUCUUGAAAGAAUAUCAGCGAAUAUUGACCCUUUAAAUGACAAAGAUGUUAUCCUGGAGCUGCAUACAGUGGUGGCAGGUUCAUCAUGCACCUCUGAUGCGCUUCACUCACAGCUGGGCUUUAUUGGCAUCACCGAGGAGCAUUUUUUCCUGUUGCGUCGUUUUCUCCUGAAGCCAAAAGUCCACGAAUUUAUGCUGCCUUUGUGUCAUUUUGGGAUACGAAGACCUUGACAACCUUUCAGCCGCGUGGUGCUAUCUAGAAUUGGGUGUUAGCAGCCUUUCAGACCGACAUACUACUUACUGCCUGAAGUGCGUCACUCAUGGUUGCAAGAGGUCCACCAAGCCGCCUCCUCCUCAGGACACGUCAUUGUUCAAAGAUUUAGAACGAACGCCGCCCACCUGUCCUCUUUUUAAGGGAAUUAAAUGAAUUUGCAUCCAUUUGCCCACAGCAAACCAUUGGAUGUUGCAUGUCUGUAUAUGUACUUUGCUUGAAAGUGAUCAGAGUGAGACGAGCUCCUGCUUUUAGCCUGCUUACAGUCCUGUCAGUGCUGGGGGGGGGUUUAUUAAAGGAGAUGGAGGGUUUUCUACAGCGAAAAUGUUUGAAUGUUUUGAAAAGAUGCUGCCCAUCAUGCAAACUCUUAAGACUUGUGGACUGUUCUCAGCAAACUCUUUAACAGCUGAGGAAAACAACAACUUUUUCAUACGCGUAUGCAAAGUGAAAACUGUCCUUAGAUGGUGCUUUGUACAGUAAGAAGAUAUUGUUCAUAUAUGUGGAUCAAACAAACUGUAAUUUAUCUUUAACUUAAGUGGAAGAGUUUUCUUGACCUGCAAAGAGGUAUUGCACACAAACGGAACACGGUCACACUGUGUGUAUGGUGACUCUCUGUACCAGAUGUUCAAGUUUUAAGUCCAGUGCACAAGCCGGCGGUUCUGCUGUGACCCCACACGACCCCACGCAGCGGGGGCCGGUAGCUGCCAUCUGAACAACUCAGCUUUUUCUUAAACAAGUUGAAGGAUAACGCUGUCAUUGUUUGUUCUGUUUUUUAUUAAAUGGCAUGAUCCACUCGCAGAGCAGUUUAGCUGACCGAUGCAAUUUUUAUGUAUGUUAACACUAUUAUUUUGUAAGAGUAUUUUAUUUUUGUGUGUUACUAGUUCUUAUUAAACUUGCCUUUGUCUAACAAUGUAAGGCCUUGUAA